AUGGCGGCUCGUGUCCUUUGUGCCUGUGUCCUCCGACUGCCCGCAGCCGUUGCGCCGCUGCCCAGGCUCCCCACGCUGGCCGCGGCCCUGCCGCUCAGCACCACCCUGUUCCCCUCGGGGGCCCGGACGAGGCCUGGGGCUCCGCAGCCGGCCUCGGUACUUGCGCAGGUUCCAGGCGAAGUUACACAGCUGUGCCACCAGUAUAAGGACAUACCCCCUUUGACAUUAGAGGGAAUCAAGGACCGUGUUCUUUACGCCUUGAAACUCUGUGACAAGACUGACCCAGAAAAGCUCUUAGUAAAUUCCCAUUUUAUGAAGGACCUGGGCUUAGACAGUUUGGACCAAGUGGAGGUUAUCAUGGCUAUGGAAGACGAAUUUGGGUUUGAAAUUCCUGAUCUAGAUGCGGGGAAGUUAAUGUGCCCACAAGAAAUUGUAGAUUACAUUGCAGAUAAGGAGGAGGUAUAUGAAUAA